AUGGAAGAUAGAAAGAUCCCACCGCGCAAGGAUGGGCGUGUGAUCAUACAUUUCGUAAGGCGCUACGGGCCCCAGGAACUACAAAUAGCUGACCGACCCCAGGAUUACGACUGCUUCUACGCGUCGGUAUUCGAAGCAAAGAACCCCAGCCUCAAAAGCCUCCCGUUCGCCGUCCAACAGAAGCAGAUCAUCGUCACCUGCAACUACGAAGCCCGACGGCGAGGUCUACACAAACUGCAACUCAUCCGCGACGCGAAGCGCAUAUGCCCGGAUGUCAUUAUCGAGCUGGGAGAGGACAUCAGCAAGUUCCGUGAUGCCUCGAAAGAGCUGUAUACGUUCAUUGAGAGUUUCACAUGGAAUAACAAGGUAGAACGCCUGGGUUUCGAUGAGGUAGGUGCUGCGAGUUAUGGUGCAAUCAAGGUAGGACACGAUUCCUUUUUUCUGAUUCUUCUCAGGUGUGGAUGGAUGUGACAGAUAUGGUGGAGUAUAAUCUGGAAAUUCUCAACAGGAACGAUUUGCGGAAUUCGUUCUUUCAGGUUGUGAGAGAUGACCCGACGGUGGGGUUUGCAUUUGAUGCUUCGUCGAUGGCUGGCCAUGCCUGGCCUAGAUCCGAAUCCGCCGACUUAGAGGAUGAUCUUACCUUGCGCCUUCGUCUGGGCAGUCACCUUGCAUUGUACAUGCGUCAUCGGCUGGAACAGCAGAAGGGUUAUACGUCGACUGUCGGCAUAGCCACCUCCAAGCUUCUAAGCAAGCUGGUGGGUAAUCUCAACAAGCCGAAAGGUCAGACGACGCUUAUGCCGCCUUACACUGCCUCGGAAGAUGUAGGCAAUAAUGCGCAACGCUUCAUGGAUGGCCAUGACAUUGGCAAGGUGCCUGGUAUCGGCUUCAAGCUGGCUCAGAAGCUACGCGAGUAUGUCUUGCAGCGUCCAGCAGAGUUCGAUGCGGGUCUCGUGUAUGGCGGCACCAAAGAGGGCGUCACAGUUGCCGACGUGCGCAAGUGUCCAGACGUCAACCCUGAGCAACUCGAAAAAUUGCUUGCUGGUCCUGGGUCACCGCACGGAAUAGGCUACAAGAUUUGGUGCCUACUCCAUGGCGUCGAUGACACUGAAGUCAGCUCAGCGAGGACUGUACCAAGACAAAUCAGCAUUGAGGACAGCUACAUCCGGCUGGACACGCUGCCUGAGGUCAUGAAAGAGCUUACUACCCUCGCGAACAGUCUUAUCACUCGAAUGCGAAUAGAUCUACUUGGAGCCAAUGAUGAUUUUGAUGAGCCGGAGAUCGAUUCGACAAACCCUGCUGUUGCUGGCAAGAAAUGGCUGGCCCAUCCAAGGACUCUCCGGCUGACUACCAGGCCACGACAACCGCUCCAGCCAGACGGUACAAGAGUACGUUCCUUCAAGCGGAUCUCGCAUUCAGGUCCUCUGCCGAACUUUGUCUUCAGUCUGGGCGAAAGCGUUGAAGUACUGGCAGAGAAGCUGGUGAAGGAGGUACUUGUUACCAUGUUUCGCAAGCUUCACCCGGAAAAGGCUGGCUGGAAUCUUAGUCUGGUCAAUCUUGCCGUUACGAAUAUGGCGGAGACUGCUGGUGACAGUAAGACGGCGAACGGGCGGGACAUCGGCAGUAUGUUCCGGAAACAAGAAGAUGUGCUCAGGGAGUUUCGCGUGACCGAUACAAGUCCCUGGCCUGCCACUACCCCAGCUACGUCCAUUCCUCAGAGGGACCGAAGACAGCUUGGCGAACAGCAGCAUCCCGACAACCAAGAUCUUAAUAGCGCACCAGCGAAUAGUGGCGUCGAAGAGGGUGAAAAUAUCAUGUUCGACGAUGCUGCAGAGGGAGAAACGGCCGGAUGGCAUGACGACGACGAUGAAGAUCUGAACGAAGCCUGCGAUACCUGUGGGAUGCGGAUGCCCGGUUUUGCUAUGGUGGCUCACCAACGCUUUCAUCUGCAAGCGGGCUGA